GGAUGGUUGAGCUGCCUCUCUGGAAAUUUACUGCUGCUCUCAGUUGAGACUGAUUCAGUGUGUGGCUUUGUCAAGCUGUUCCGCAAAGGGUCGUCUUGACAGUUUUUAAAAUCUGAAAUCUGUCAAGAUGGAUGUCAAGAAAAAGACCUUCUUGGAGAACUUGCGUAUAAAAACUAAGUUGGGCAACCUGAAGAAGCCACGUAAGAAGGCACUUGGAAAGCAGGGGAGGAGGCUGGCUCAUCGGCGCAGUAUUUCUGUACCAGACCUAAGGUUUGUGCCGGGUGAAACAUUUUCUACAGAUAGCUCCUUGAUGUCCUCUGCCUCUGAAGCCAUCUUCUUUGGUAUGUCCCCUGGUUUGAGUGAUACUGAUUCGGUUACAAGUGGCUCUAUCGCUGAUGGACCACUUUUUACAGACAAACUUUAUGAAUCAGUCCCAGAAACUAGAAUCAAAGUUCCCAGAACUUCUGCUUUGAAUAGAAUGAGUGCACCCAUGGAGACAAUGAUGUCUUAUGAGGAAACUGAUAAUAUGAUAAACUCUGGCUCAGAGAAGCCUCGAGAAGCCUUGUAUGCGCAAGUAGAUAAAAAAACCAAGGGCAAUGUACCUAAAUUUUCUUUUGACCCUAUUGCUGCACCAAGAUCUAUUUUUACCAACGCACUUCCACCAAGACCAGACCUUGUAGAGGGGGAGAGUCUCUAUAGUGAAGAGACCCCGGCAGAAAGAGUGCUUUCAGGUACUGUUUCUGCAGCACUGGCCAGAGCAAGCUCACUUGGAGAACAAGUGAACCCUUACAGAGAAAAGAGGAUCACAUCAUUUGAGCAGGGAAACCCAUCAUCUGACAGAGGGACUCCUGCAGAUAGAGUCUCUCUACAAGAUACUCCUGGUACUCCUUUGGAGAGUGCAGAUGGUACCUCUCAGGACUCUGCCUGCGUUACUCCCAAUGAGGAGCGAGUCAACAUGCCCUGGACGACAGAUUCAGAGGAAAUGGACCGAGAACCAUGCUCUCCCCUUUUGAUGAAAGACUUCUCCAUCGACUACCCUAUGCCAGAAGGAGCCCAGUGUGAGGAGGAAGAAACAGGAGAGAUGUCCAGUGAACACUUUGAUUUCUUUGACGAAAAUUCGAUAGAUCUUCUCGAAAACUCUCAGGUUGUGACACCAGGGCCUGAUAUCCAAGCACCUGCGUUCCAGAGAUAUCUCCUGAACAUCAACCUAAAGCAGGGAAAGAACCUGGUCAUCCGAGACAAGCGCUCUGGUACCAGUGAUCCUUAUGUCAAGUUCAAACUUGAAGGAAAACAGCUCUAUAAAAGCAAAGUGGUUUACAAAAACCUGAAUCCGCGGUGGAAUGAGUCCUUCUCCUAUCCUCUUCGAGACAGAGAGCAUAUCGUGGAAGUUCGGGUCUAUGAUAAAAAUCGGACGACUGAUGACUUCAUGGGUUCCAGCACUAUUUGCCUGAAAAAUCUUGAACUGUACAAAACCUAUGAAAUGGAGUUGCGCCUUGAUGAUCCAAAAAGUAAAGAAGAUGACAUGGGAGUUAUUGUGAUUGAUAUCUGCUUAAUGUUUAGAGAUGCCACCAUCAAAAGAAGCCCUAGAUGGCCACCAAGGAAGAAUAAGCAGAACCAGGCCGCGCAACGGCCUGCUGAAACACAGAAGAAUCAGCCGAAAAACCAGCUGUGGACUGGCGUGCUUCGUAUCACCUUGGUGGAGGGACUGGACCUGCCGCAGUAUGGUCAGGGGGACAUUUACGUCCGCUUCCGCCUUGGUGAUCAGAAGUACAAGAGCAAGAACCUUUGCAUUCAGGCCAAUCCCCAGUGGAGAGAGCAGUUUGACUUCAAUCAGUUUGAAGAUAACCAGGAACCUCUGCAGGUAGAGGUGUACUCAAAAAGAGGGAGGAAGGGUGAGGAAUCAUGGGGGAUGUUUGAGAUUGACCUAUUGAGGCUUCCACUUAAUGAGAGGCAGCUCUACACUCAUGUGCUGGACCCAGGAAAGGGCAGGCUGGUGUUUCUGGUCACCCUGAGACCCUGCUGGGGAGUCUCCAUCUCUGACAUUGAAACAGCUACCCUGGAAAAGCCUGAUGGGAGAGACACAGUAAUGCAGAAAUUUAGCUUGAAGAACUCACACAAGUGUGUAGGGGAGGUUGGCUUCCUUCAGGUCAAGGUUAUUAAGGCAAAUGAUCUUCCUGCAACAGACCUCAAUGGAAAAAGCAACACAUUAUGUGUUGUUGAGCUCGGUAACAGCAAACUCCAAACUCACACAAUGUACAAGACCCUCAAUCCGGAGUGGAGCAAAGCCUUUACACUCCCAAUUAAGGACAUUCAUGAUGUGUUAGAGUUGACUGUCCUUGAUGAAAAUGGAGACAAGGCUGCAAACUUUUUGGGGAAAGUGGCCAUUCCAUUACUGGCUGUUCAGAAUGGCCAGCAGAUAUGUCUUUUCUUGAAGAAGGACGACUUGGAAAGUGCAUCAAAAGGAACCAUCACACUGGUGCUAGAGGUUAUCUAUAACAAGGUCAGAGCUGGUAUCAGAACCUUCCAACCGAAGGAGACUAAAUUAAUGGAGGAAAACCUGAAGUUCAACAAAAAGGUUCUUGCCCGGAAUAUAUAUCGGGUUCGAAAAAUCAGCACAGCCGUUCUGUGCACGUUACAGUACAUUAAAAGCUGUUUUCAAUGGGAGAGCACGCAACGGAGUCUAAUAGCCUUUCUGAUCUUCCUUGUGACGGUGUGGCACUGGGAGCUCUUCAUGCUGCCCCUCUUCCUGCUUCUGCUCAUUGGAUGGCACUACUUCCAGCUCACUACAGGGAAGGCCAGCUCCAACCAGGACCUAGUGAACAUGAGCAUGGGUGACGACGAAGAGGAAGACGAGAAGGAAUCUGGAAAAAAGGGUUUGAUGGAUAAGAUACAUAUGGUGCAGGAAGUAGUACUGGUCGUUCAGAACGUUUUGGAAGAAAUUGCAAACAUCGGAGAGCGAAUCAAGAACAUAUUCAACUGGUCUGUCCCAUUCUUGUCCUGCCUGUCCUGCUUGGUGCUGUUUGUGGCAACAACGCUAUUAUAUCUGAUCCCACUGCGAUACAUUGUGCUGAUAUGGGGCGUUAACAAAUUUACCAAGAAGCUUCGCAACCCAUAUACUAUUGACAAUAAUGAAAUACUGGAUUUCCUCAAGAGGGUGCCUUCUGAUGUUCAAAAGGUGCAGUACAGCGCUCUGAGAGCGCCCACCAGCCAGAGCCAGCCGCGGAAGAAAAGGUAAGCUCUGCGGACACACUGGAUGAAAGGCUGGUCUCUUUUUGAAUACGGUACGACGCAGUCCACCUGACAACAAUGCUCCAGUGCCAGCAGAGCCCAUGACCCUGUGCACCCCACCAUACCACCCUAACUCUGCCCCCUGCUGCUGAGGGGCAGCCAGCCGCUCUCUGGCUUGUGUGUUUGCCACCCCCCUGACAGAGGCUGUGAACUGCAGCGGCUAGGAGGGCAGCACAUGGUGCUGUCAAUCACAAGCCUGGAGGUAAAGAAAAGAGAGCGCUGCAAGGCUCAGCCUUCAUCUUUGGAUAUAAUUUAGAAAAGGAAUGAAAAGCGUCGGGUUUGGCUUACCUUAGACCUCCACUGUUAUGCUUUGCUUUUGACUUUGGUGAAACUGAGAAAUUUGCCUUAAGGUGAAGUUAAUACAAGCUUAAGUUUAUGGAAAACAAACCAUGGCAAUGUUUUUUCUUUAUCCUUGUGUUAAUAUAAUUAAAGGUCAAAAGGUCAAAUAUAUUGCAAUACGUUUUUAAAUAUUAAUUGAAAUAAUCUGUUUUAUCGCACAUCUAAAAUAUUAAGACAGAUUAAUGACUGUAACUUUUCUUUUUGUGGCAAGGAUUUACUGUAUAUAAUAUAAUGCUGUCAGCUUUCUCAUCUUUUAUCCUACCAACACAUAUAUAUAUUUAUGGAUGGUAUGUGUAUUAUUUCCAACCCACUUCAUUUUUUUAGGUAAAGUGUCUAUGUAGCUGUAUGUUAGACUGAUUAUUUGAGAGUUUUAUUUUUACCCAGUAUCGUGUGUGCAUCAUCAAAUGGAGAAUUUGCAAGAAUCCUGA